AUGGCAAUGAACCCGGCCAGCGUGUCGCAGCUGCUCGAAGACAUGGAAAACUGGGACAAGGACAAGCGGUUCAUGGCCGCCUCAGACUUGACACAGGAGGUGACUAUGUCCAAUCAGGUGCUGGACGUGCAUCUCCAGAAGAGGGUAUGUCAAGCUUUUGUCAAGCAGCUGGAGGACCAGAGCAUCGACGUGCAGGGGAAUGCCGUGAAGUGCCUGGCCAAGAUAGUAUGCAAGUUCCAGGAGCAGCAAAUCGGAGAGGUGCUGGCGAAACUUAGCCAGCAAGUUCUGGAUGGCAAGGCUGAGGUUCGGGAUAUCUAUGCGACAUGCUUGAAGGGCUUGUUGUCCGAGCUGCCGGCCUCUUGCAGUGCUCUCGCCUGCCAAAAUGUCCUGCCAAAGAUGUUGCACGGCAUCACAUCCAUUCCUUCACUAGAGGCAGCGCCACCCAGCUGGACUGCUUCAAGUUGCGCUCACGGUCAUUUUUGGCACCUGGAGGUCAAGGAAGAGUGUACAGACGUCUUCCAUGAUUUCUUGAAGAGAUUCGGUGCCGGCCCUGGCAGACUGACUUAG